AUGGGGAAAGUACGAGCUUCUGGUUUGAUAUCUGGUCGGGUAUGGGACGCAUUUUUCGAUCUGAUAGGUGUGAGAGGACCUAUAGAUCUUGGUAUUCCUCUUAACGCUUCUAUUGCGUCAUUAUCACAAAGACGUCAUCGACGCCACCGAAAUGAUCUGCUCACAGAGAUUGAAAAUGUGUUGGAAGCCAAACUUGCGCAACUCAGCUUAGGAACAGGGGAUAUUUUCUUAUGGAAGCACAAAGAGGGAACUUUCGAACCCUCUUUUAGUUCGAAGCAGACCUGGCUUCUCAUUCGAUCAGCUUCAGCUACAGUUCCAUGGCACUCAGGAGUCUGGUUCACGCACUGUACUCCAAAGUUCUCGGUAUUCACAUGGCUAGCCAUUUUAAAUCGUUUAUCCACAGGCGACCGGAUGCAAAGCUGGAAUGUCGGGGCAAACACUUUGUGCUCUCUCUGCAAUUCUAACCUGGAAUCUCGUGACCAUCUGUUUUUCUCCUGCUGCUAUUCGGGGGAAAUAUGGACCAAGCUUACCAAAAAUUUGCUCCAAAGCAGUUUCACUACAAGCUGGAACGAUGUGCUCGGCCUCCUCUCAGACUCGCGGCUCGAUCGUAUAACUUUGUUCCUGUUUCGCUUCUCUCUUCAAGCUACCGUUCAUAGCAUCUGGAGAGAACGAAACUCUCGCCGGCAUGGAGACGACCCGCUUCCGGCAACUAGAAUUCUGCAUCUCAUCGACAAACUAGUUCGAUGCCGAAUCCAAUCUAUUCCCAACAUGGGAGAUAGAAGAUACGAGGACGCACUUCAAACGUGGUUCAAUACUCGAGUUUGA